AUGCAGACCAAACAUUUCAUCAAUGAUCCCACGCACUUGGUGCAGACUGCUCUCUCCAGCUUGACCCUCACAAACCCCUCUCUUGCCUUCGACUCCCUGAACAAGGUGAUAUAUCGAAGACCCACAAAGGAAUCAGAGGAGAACCCUAAAGUCUCCAUCAUAACAGGAGGUGGCAGCGGCCAUGAACCGGCGUUUGCAGCAUUCUGUGGCAAGGGGUUCGUCACUGCUGGAGUGGCCGGUACGAUAUUCGCCUCGCCCAACACUCUUCAAGUCCAGAGGGCGAUCAUGUCGAGGGUCGAGACCCGGAAGGGUGUUCUGGUCAUCACUUUCAACUACACAGGAGAUGUCCUGAACUUUGGCCUGGCGGCCGAGAAGGCUAAAGCUGCAGGAAUCGACACCGAAUUCUUUGCCAUUGGGGAUGAUGUUGGAGUAGGUCGGGACAAGGGAGGAAAGGUCGGCAGGCGCGGUAUUGGAGGCUCCAUUUUGGUGCUGAAGAUCAUCUGUGCGCUUGCAGAAGCUGGAGGCAGCCUAAAGGAAGUGUACAACCUUGCCAAACAGGUGGCCGACAAUUUAGUUUCAGUUGGUUCUUCUAUGGAACAUGUACACGUUCCAGGAAGAGAAAUCCCCGCCCCGGAUUCGGACGAAAUGAUUCCAAACGACGAAAUCGAAGUCGGCAUGGGUAUUCAUAAUGAACCCGGCUCUCGUCGUGUUACCGCGACUCUCCCCGAACUCGUCAAGAUUAUGCUCGCUCAAAUGCUCGAUCCCAACGACAAAGACAGGCAUUUCGCCCAUAUCACUAAGGAUGACAAGGUUGUCCUGCUAAUCAACAACCUUGGUGGCGUCAGCAACCUAGAGAUGGGUGGCAUUGUCGCUGAGGUAUAUAAACAGUUGAAGGAGGAUUGGGGUAUUACCCCGGUUCGAGUCAUCUCCGGUACCUUCAUCACUUCUCUCAAUGGUAUGGGUUUCUCAGCCUCCAUCCUCAAGCUGGAAGACACUGGACUUGGGGCCGGCAAAUCGAUGCUCGAAUUGCUUGACGCACCGGCCGAGGCGCUUGGCUGGUCGGCACCCAUCAACACAGAGACAUGGAAUGCGAAGAACGACUCCACGAUGGAGCACCACGCCGACAGCUCCCGGGAUCUCAAAGCCAGCAACUUGUCGAUAAAUCCUGAGCGCAGCUUUUCCCUUCUGAAAGCAGGUCUGGAUAAAAUGAUCGCUGCCGAGCCAGAAGUGACCCGAUAUGAUACUAUCGUUGGUGACGGUGAUUGUGGCACGGGUCUUAAGCGAGGAUCUGAAGAAGUUUUGAAGGCGCUCUCAUCCGGGGAAUUGCCUAGCGAUGCUGUCUCAUUUGUCAAUAAGAUCGUGCCCGUGGUCGAACAUCAUAUGGACGGCACGAGUGGAGCGCUAUUCUCCAUCUACCUGAAUGCCUUGGUCCAUGGUCUUCGGGAACAAGAUUCGGGCUCAGCAAAACAAAUGGAUGCAAAGACAUGGGCAGCGGCGCUCAAGUCUGCAUUGACAGCACUCGGCAAGUACACACCUGCCGUGCCUGGGGACAGGACGAUUAUGGAUGCCUUGGUACCUUUUGUCGACACGUUAGCUAGCACUGCUGAUGUCAAGAAGGCGGCCGAGGCAGCAAGAGAAGGCGCCGAGAAGACCAAGGCGAUGAAGGCGAGCUUAGGGCGAGCCGUAUACGUCGGCGGAGAAAGCGAAUGGAUGGGCAAAAUCCCGGAUCCUGGCGCCUGGGGGCUAUCGGAGUUGUUAGUGGGAUUGGCAGAUGCUUCAUAA